GGAAGUCUAGAGGAGGACGGCCCUUACGGCGAGCGGAGAGAGUCAAACGGGAAAAGGCAAACCGCCCUCGUGGCCGGAGGAGGGCGGGGCCACAGCCCUUAUCACAUGGUCUACAAUUCCAGCAUGGCCGGAGAAGAAAGCCUCGUUGCGGAGAAGGAAGGCGCCGACCCCACCUCGGUGGAACCCGCGAGGCAGAAGCUACCCGGGGCGGGCUCCGGCGGGGAAGGGGCUCUGGACCGGCGGCGUCCUCCGCCAUCCCAAGGGAAAAUCUUCAUUUGCUCCUUCCCGCUCUGCGACGCCACCUUCAGCAAAGGCUGGAGGCUGGACGAGCACCUUUGCCGCCACACGGGAGAGCGACCCUUUGUUUGCGAUUAUGAAGGUUGUAGUAAAGGAUUCACUAGAAGUUUCCAUCUUAAGCGCCAUUAUCUCACGCACACUGGAGAAAAGCAGUUUGUAUGCACAGUGGAAGGUUGUAAUAAGAAGUUUACAACAAAAUCAAACUUGAAUAAGCACAUUGGACGUAGGCAUCAACAGAAGAAAUAUAUAUGUGACGUUGAGAAAUGUGGGAAGUCAUUUAAAAAACACCAGCAGUUAAAAAUCCAUCAGUCUCAACAUACUGGUGAACCACUUUUCAAAUGCAACCAUGAAGGAUGUGGGAAGCAACUUUCUUCACCUGCACAUCUAAAACGUCAUGAGAAGACUCAUGAAGGCUAUAUAUGCAAAAAAGAUGGCUGUUCAUUUGUUGGAAAAACCUGGUCAGAACUCCUGAAGCAUGUGAGACAUAGUCAUGUAGAACCAGUGGUCUGCAAGGUGUGUUCCAAAAUAUUCAGCCGCAAGGACUUCCUUAAAUGCCACCAAAAGAUUCAUGCUGUUAACAGAGAAGUAUUCAAAUGUCCACGAGAGGGCUGUGGAAGAACUUACACAACUGUUUUUAAUCUUCAGAGCCACAUUCUUUCCUUUCAUGAGGCAAAAAGACCAUUUACAUGUGAUUAUCCUGGCUGUGGAAAAGCCUUUGCAAUGAAACAGAGUCUUGUAAGGCAUGCUGUGGUACAUGAUCCUGACAGGAGGAACUCAAAAGCUAGAAAACCACGUCCCAAGCGAAGCCUGGCCUCUCAUCUCAGUGGCUACAUUCCACCAAAAUCAGAACAAAGAAAUGAGUUGUCAGCAGUGGCUAUUCUGACCAGACCUGCAGGAAAUCAUACACCGUUGACUGUGGAAACACUGUCCCUUAACUAGUUUGAGAUGCAUUUGAACAGCUGAAUGUGCGUGGAAAUGGAUUCAUUAACUUACCAUUAUUGCAUAUUUAUGGAGUCUCUACAGACAACUGGAAACACAUUGGAGGAAAUUCAGUCUUUUUCCAUUUUAAUAAAAUCACUGCUUGAGAGAUCUCA